UGUAGCAAUUGCACUCAUUUCCUCUUCUGACCUGGAAGUGCUCUUUCCAUGCUCUCUACUUCUUUUUUGGAAGCUGCUCAACCUAUUCACACCUGAGGGGUUCUCUUGACAACCAGGACCCAUUCUAUCAACCCGAAACAUGAUCCCUGAUUCGACAAAUUCUACAAGACCAGAGGUCGCGACUUCGCGCCCUUGAUAUCUGGAAGAACAUGACGAGAACGGGUGGGGAUACCAGAACAGACCCAGGACCUCCACUUCUGUUCGUCAACAAGGAUGCCUCAAAUCUCAGCCGCACCAAAGCAGAGGCUUUCGCCGUGGGCUCCCACAUGUCGAAGGCCUAUAGGAGGUGGUCAAAGUCUCAAAAAUUGAGGAAUCUUAGACCAACCGCAAGUGUUCUGCAGUCUACCAAUGUGUACUUAGAGAUACGUCGUCACCCUCGCAAAUCACUUCUCGAGGAAUGCGACGAAAGUGAAGUGGCCGGGUCUCCCCAGGCAGUCGGGGCGUUCUUGAAGCUGAUCAUCGACCGAAUGAAAUCGACCAUUCCCGCAAAGGUAUCGAUCUAUAGCCACGGCUACUCACCAACCAUCUACAGGGCCAUGGAAUACUUCAUGCGAGUAUUGGUACCAAACAACUCCCCAGUCUACAGCAUUUUCGAAGUCAGCAAUGUCAACUGCGUGUACUUUUUAGAAAUCAUUGCGAGUUCUUCGGCUCAAUACCUAUAUCAUGCUGCCUUCGCCUUGCUACAUUUGGUCGUGGGAAAUGUGAUUCCUCGAACCAAUUCUUCUCGAAAUGCGCUUCAGCACACGGCGACGGCAAUCUUUCUGCUCCGGAAAAUCUUGUCCGAGCGACCUCUCCAGAACGACGAUGCUACAUUUGUAGCAAUCGUCUGUUUGGCAUCUUUUUCGCGUGCAUUGGGCGACUAUGCAGGAUACAGCAUUCACCGAACUCGUAUCUCAGAAAUGAUGAAAUCUCGCGGUGGUCUUCAAAAGACUGGCCUUCACGGAUUUGUCAAGGCGCUCACCUUGCAAUUCGCUCCUCCGGACUGUAUUCCCCUCGCAUUAUGCUUCAACCGACAGCCUAAGGCGUCGAAGAGUGGAGUCGUCGACAUGGCCGACCCUUUUUUCUACAACACUCGUUGUUUGCUACCAGAACCGCCUCCGAGCCCUUCGUUGAAAAGCAACCUCACGACCACACUCGAAAAGUUGCCACCUAGCUUCCAGAAUCUCAUCAUCCAGACCCCGCUUCACGCCAAUACGGUCCGGCUCCUGCUCCGUGUCGCGGACGCUCGCACGAAGCAAUCACGGAACCAAGGCGGCAAGCGACAAGACCUUUCUUCUAGCUGGCAGGUCGGUCGGUACAGUGACUUUUGGGAAUGCUGUCCGUCAAUCUCCCGCCCUGGUCCGGAUCUGGAGAAAUACCUCUGCCUGGCGCUACUGCUGUACACGGCCAACGAGUUCGCUCCGCAGAGGGCUUGUCACAAGGGCAUGGCGUUGUACAGCGGCCCACGGACGCUGUUGGCAGGGGAGAUUGGGCUGCUGGGCCGCCAACAGCUCACAACAGAUCAAAAGGGGUGCUGGAUGUGGGUCUGGUGGGUUCUCAUUGAUAGCUGGAGCGAAGUCGACAAGACGACGGAGACGGCGACGUUACUGACGAAUCAAUUCUGGGCUGCUUUUUCCGAGGUGCAAUCAUGGAGUGACCUGCAAGGGAUUCUGGAAGGAUUCUUUUGGGGCGGGAAGUUUGGGGACGCAAUAAAGCGUAUUGUGGAUGCCGCACACUCCGAUGGCUUCCAGGAGAGUUGAUGGGAACUGCCACGAAUGCAAUCAAGGCUAGGAUAUGGGCGUCGAGGAAUCUCAAACCUCCAUGCCGCUGCCAGAGACUACUCGAUAUAUGAUUACAUUACCGAGGCACCUAAACAGGUAUGUACAAAACAUUCACCUCGUGAAAUUUUGACCCUUGAACGUCUCGACUGUGUCGCGAGCGAGCACCUGCUCCCCUUGUACCGACUUCUCAUUCUACCCUCGGGUCUCAUUCGCCCUUGACCGGGGCGGACGAAUCAUUUUACAUUCCCCUUUUGCUUGAACUGCUCCAUGAUGUCGCCUCCUCCGUAGUCCUUCAUGGGUGGAAGUUCCAACAUGCCCUUGUUCUGCUUGGUCCGGAGUUGCAAGGCCUUGAGCAUCGAAUAAAUGAACCCCAAAGUGGGAGCGGG